UUUCAUCCAUCUGCUACCGUUGUGGGAUUCAAACCUCCUGUGCCCUAAAGUUAUCUCCUGAGAGAAAUAUAUAUCUUAUAAACCAAAGAUGUUUUCUUUCUUUGAACCGAAGCUAAAACGACGAACGAAUAUGAUCAAACAAAAACGACUUGAAGAAAAAGGUGAGGGCAAAUCACACUCACAGUACUACAAUGAAAGUAAAGGUAUAAGGAUAAGUGUAGAGGAUAGUAGACUGGUGCCGUUUGCAAAUGAAGAGAAAGGAAAGCUCGUUUCCAAGAACAAUGAGGACGAAGAAGCAAGUUUCGAGCUAACUGAUCUAUUGAAAGCGUCAGCUGAAGGGUUAGGAAAGAGGAUUUUCGGGAAUACCUACAAGGCAAUGAUGGUAGGCGGCAGGUCAGCCGUAGUUGUGAAACGCCUUAGGGAUUUGAGACCAUUGAACCGUGAGGAAUUCGUCAAGCAGCUGGAGAAGAUUGUUUCUUUUAAGCACCGGAAACUGUUGCCUUUCCUUGCUUACUUUGAUUCCACUGACAAGAAGUUCUUCAUAUUCAAGCAUGAAGAGAAAGGAAACCUCAUCAGUCUCCUCCACGGCAAGUCUCACAAUAAUUUUAUCAAACAGUUUGUAGGCUUUUUGAGUUCAUUGACGAAAAUGAUGGAAUUGAACAGGAGCCAGAGGAACCCGGGACAGGAUUCCCUUCAGAUGGCGCUCCAGAUUAUCUCACCUCCAGUUGCCGCGCAACUUAUGUCCUCGUUCAAAUCAACGGAAUACCAGGCAGCAAAGAGAGUCUCCAAGAAGUCAGUUGUCUGGACUUACGGUUGCCUUUCACUAGAAUUGCUGACGGGAAGAAUGUGGGUCAACACAGCUCCAGCAGGCAUCAACGGGGUGGACCUCUGCGGUUGGGUUCAUAGGGCGGUGAGAGAAGAAAGGACGGCUGAGAUACUUGACUUGGAGAUUGCUGUGCAGAGAAGCUCUACUCCGGGAUGGUGAAGCCCUUGCACAUUGCCAUCCGUUGCUAUGAUAAGGACCCAGCGAAUCGGCCAGAGGUUACACAAGUAGCAAGAGAAGUGGAGAACAUAAAAAUUGUUGAAUCUG